AUGACUGACUCCCCUAUCAAGAGUUUUCCAUUAACAUUGAGGUUGGUAGUUUUAGUUAUCGCUGUGGUUUGUGGAAUAUACAUUUUCUCAAUUUGUUUUGAGCAAAUAGGUGUAUCCACAAAUACCAAAUUGUCUCGCCUCAGUGUCUUCAAACAGCCAUGUUAUCAUCCUUACAGUGUGGAAGAAUGGGAAAUACCCUACUUGCAUUAUCCAGAACCCAAAACUCAUAGCAGAAAGGAGUGUGCUUGCAAUCCUGUUCGGUUUUUUUGCAUUUUAUCAAUGCAAAGAUCUGGGAGCGGUUGGUUUGAGACGUUUUUAAACAGUCAUGUUAAUGUAAGCUCCAAUGGAGAAAUAUUUUCAGUUGGCAGAAGAAGAAGAAACGUUUCUUCAAUUUUGAAGACAAUGGAUCAAGUGUAUAGUCUUGAUUGGUUCACAAGUGCUUCCAAGAAUGAGUGCUCUGCAGCUGUUGGCUUCAAGUGGAUGCUUAAUCAGGGUUUAAUGGAGCAUCAUAAGGAGAUAGUGGAAUACUUUGAACAGAGACGAGUUUCUACAAUAUUCCUUUUCAGAAGGAAUUUGCUCCGUAGAAUGGUAUCUGUGCUAGCAAAUUCCUAUGACAAAGAUGCUAAGCCGCUAAAUGGAACCCACAAAUCUCACGUACACUCAACGGAGGAGGCUAGAAUUCUUGCCAAGUACAGGCCACGGAUCAAUAUCACGUUACUGAUACCAGAACUAAAGCUAACAGAGGAGACUGCGGCAAAAGCCAUUGCAUACUUUAAGAACACUCGCCACAUUGUUCUUUACUACGAGGAUCUUGUCAACAACCGCACUAAACUAAAGGUUGUUCAAGAAUUUCUAAGGGUCCCAUACAGAGAUCUUGAAAGCCGUCAAGUCAAGAUACAUACUGAUCCAUUAUCUAAGCAAAUUGAAAACUGGGAUGAAGUACAGAAAGCGCUGACAGGGACGCCAUACCAGAGUUUUCUCCUUAAAGACUAA